AUGGACGUGAGGAGCGGAGCCGCUGCCGAUGAAGCCGCUCUUCAGAGUCUCGCGGGUCUCUGGAUUCUCGGUUGCUCGGCCGAAGAGCCGGCCGCCUGGAUGACGGAAAGCAACUCAGGAGCAACCCCGGCGGCGCAGAGCUCUUGGUCAGUCUUGGACGUUGCAAACCGACGGAAGACUUGGCCGAGAACCAAACUUGGUGUGGCGUGGACGGGGGCUCCCCGGACAUUGUCCAAGGCAGCCCUCCAGGGGCAGAAGCUUCCCAUGUCCAAUUUCUCCACGGGCGCCGAUGAAGCCCUCCAGGCCCCUGGAAGAAGCCACGGGGAACCAACAACGCAAGAAGCCAAGAAACUACUGCCCGUAUCCGACUGGGCGAGCGUUCAAUAG